UUAGGAUUGAAGCAUCUACUAUAUAUUGAUGUAACCUCUACACAAUUAUUGAUUGAAAAUAUUUCUUCUACAUGGUAUCAGAGCCACAAAACCCUAAACCCUAACCUCCUCAACUCUCUCUCUCGUUCGGCCCUGCUCGCCGCCAGCCCCGCCUCCCCUCGGCGGCCUUCUCUCCCGGCGACGCUGUUUCCCUCCCGGCGGCCCUCUCUCUUCUCCUCUCUCCAUGGCCGAAAAUAGUGAGGUUAUUUCCCAAAAUAUGUCUUCCAAAACCCCUCAUCUUGCUCUCACAACUAUCUCCAAUGUGAGGUUGCAUGUUCCCGUUCAACUCAGUCUCUCACAACCGAACUACAAAAAGUGGAGUCGUCUGUUCCUCCUCCUCGUUAGGCGAUUUAACCUUCAGGGAUUCCUCGAUGGAUCUGUCGUCCCCCUCUCUGACGACGAUGACGAAUGGUGCCAACUCGAUGCCCUUCUCCAGGGUUGGAUUCUCUCCACCAUCACCGAUGAAGUUUCAGAUCUGGUACUCUCUUCUCUCACCACUGCUUCUGGUCUCUGGAAGGUCAUCCACGACCUAUUUCACGACAACAAAAAUGCCCGGGCCAGGCAGUUGGAGCAUGAAUUUCGCACCACCGUCAAGGGCUCCACCUCCAUGGCGGCCUAUUGUCAACAACUCCAAAAUCUUGCCGACUGGCUAGAUGAUGUCGAUGCACCGGUCUCUCAGCACCAACUGGUCCUCCAGAUGCUCUGAGGGCUUCCCGAAGAUCUACAGGCUCAAACCUCGUUCAUGCAGUUUCAGGAUCCUAUGUCGAAUUUUCUUCAGGUUCGAUCGGCUCUCAUGCUUUUGGAUCGCCAACGGUCAAACCCCGUUGACCCCGGGACCUCAGCCUUGCUCACUACCCGGG